AUGAGCCGGGUCGUGGGGGUGUGGAUGUCCACCCGGUCGAAGGCCCCGGCCCCCAUCUCGAGCACGCCCUCCUCGUUCAAGCCAGCUGGCGGCAUGCACUGCGAGACGAAAGAGUGGGUCGUGGGCCCCAGGGCCAGGACCCCCGAGCCGCCGAGGAGGUCCCCACUGUUGUUGAACCCGCAUCCAAACACGAGCUUAGGGACCGGGUCCGAGCCUUCCUCGAACUGGAAGGUCUCGGUGGCAAGAUUCCCGAUGGACCAGCCGUCGUCGGCGUACAUCACGUUGUACGUGCAUUUGUCGUGUGCCCGUCCCUUGCUCGGGCAUUCCAAUUCGUGGUAUGACUUGGAAUUUUCCGUGCUGAAGAAGUGGGCUGGCUUUGGGGGGCAUUUCGUCUUGCACGACGUGCAUUGGAUCCAUGUGAGGUCGGUACCAGUGGACAUAAGGGCCCGGAAGGCUGCUGCUUCAACCCAAUCCAAUCUCUUUUGUCCACGACCUAGAGCAAGCUGCAAAAGCUCGAUUUUGCUCAGGUCUUAUAGAGAGAGGAAAAUUGUGAUCUAUACAUAUUCGAGAGUUCGGGAGAUUCGAUUAAUCGCACCACCAAGAUUAAUCGAAGUAGGUACAACUUUUUCGAGCCUUUUGAUCACACGAGAUCCGACCACCUUCCACCGCCGGAGAGUCGCUGGAAAUCGCCGCCGCCGUCCAUCAUUGUCGGAGACCGCCAGUGUCCAGCCACACGCAGCCGCGAGCCAGCCCCCGCAACCAGGCCCCGCACACGGUCCCAGUAGUGAUGCCCCAUGGCGCCGCACGUCGUCGUUUGCUCGUGCCUCGCCGUCGACCCGUGUUCUUCGCGCUCUGCACGCCUGCGCGAGAAGACAUGCGCGCACCAGUCCGCGCACGACCAGGAGACCCGCGCCGCAAGCCCGUGUGAUCCUAGACGCGAGCGCCCAGUCUGAGUCGGCGUAG